AUGGACAUAUCAGCAACCACCAUCCUCACCACAACCUCUGCCACCAGCUCGGCACCACCACCACCACCAAAGGCGUCAAAGACUCUCGAGCUCGCCUCCCGCACCAUAAGAGCCCCGCCACACGCCUACAUCCACCUCCAGCUGCUCACUUCUUCCGCUACCUCCUCCUCGUCCUCCGUCGCCCACGUCGUCGCCGAGGACGACGACGCUGGACAAGACGAGCAGCUAGACGCCCUGCAGGUAAAGUCGUACUGCUCCGCCGCCCUGAAGCAGUUCCUCGGCCUGCACGGCAGCGCGAUCCCCUUUGACAUCCUCAAGGUCGAGGGCAGCCACGGCUGGAUCAGGGUGCCCAGGGACGACCUGGCUGCGUUCGCGGCGGCCAUCACCGCGUGGUCGGGCACGUCGUCCGGCGGCCAGCAUGUCACGCUCAGGCUCAAGGGGUGUUCGGACUGGCUGGGGACUCUGGUCGGCCGGGACGGUGAGGAUCGCGUGUGGUCUGGGUAG